UCGAAUGUAUUAUAUGUUAUUCAUGUACAUGUUUUGCGGGGUAUUCAGCUUAAUCUCCAACAUCCGUCGUCCCCAUCAAAUUUGGUUACAAUGCAAUUAUAAAAAACCUCUUAUUACUGAAAAAGAUGUCUUCGAUUUCUUAUCCAUGCUUUUCUAGACAUAAAUCUAAAACAAAAUACAAAUGUAUAGCAACACUAUUUCUUUCACAUUUCUCACUUGCUCUCUGGUAAACGAUUUACAUUUAGAACUUCUCACACCGCGGUUUAAUUAGAAUCAAUGUUCUAGGCUCGGUAUUUUUGACGUUGUAGUAGUUGAGUGGUGCAACCUACCUGUAUUGUUCUAGUAACUUCAAAUAUUGUUCCUGUUCAUAAAUAAAUGGUCAUACUAGUUUUUUGAUUAAAGCUUUUUUGGAUGAUGCUUUACGAUGUGCGAUAUGUUACAUUGUAUUAUCUAUCUACUUAAAUAUCGCUAAGAUGAUCAUCAUUUGUAUGGGACGAGACUUUGUUCAGCUGUUGAACAUCUACAAGCCGGUAUUACACUCAAACCGUUGAAAACAUCGUUAACCUUGAACGAAUGCUAACAAUGUGAUAAAAAAUACAUUUAGUUGGACACACACUCUUGCCAAAGCAUCAUGUAUGUGAAUAUAAUCUUUUCGAUAUAAUUCAAAUACAAAUAAGCUGAAAAACAUUUUUAUUUUUGCGAAUAAAGCAAGAAAGGUUUACCUUUUUUUACUGUUUUUGAUAACAAGUGUUGUGAUUAAAACUAUCAAGAAAUGCAAAGAAGAUAAAUCUGUUCAUUCCAAGGUAAAAAAUGACUGCUAAAUCCAUAAUUUCUAAUACUGCCCAAAAACUAUUAGCAUUCAGAUUUAUACCACUAACAUCUUCAAGGGAACUAAGUGCCUGGACACCAGACAAAAUAGUAAAGUCACCUCAUAGAGAUGUGGAUAUACCAAAUCGAACUGUCCCUGAACAAAUAUGGGAGAAUAUGGAGCGAUGGGUUGAUAGAACUGCAAUAGAAUGUGCUAUAACAAAGCAAUCGUAUACGUACUAUCAAAUGUACAAGUACUCUCGAAAUUUCGCUGCAAAAUUACGUACACUAUUAAAAAUUCAAGAUGGAGACGUCAUUUGUAUUAUGAUGCCUAAUUCUCCCGAUUUCGCGGUGGCAGCCAUAGGAGCCUUGGAAGCUGGUGCUGAAGUUACUACUGUCAACCCUAUUUAUACUCCACAUGAGGUGCAUCGUCAAAUUACACUAUCAGAUCCAAAAGUUUUAUUCGGUGUACCAGAAACGAUUCCAGUUCUCAAGGAAGCCUUAGCAUUAGCUAAAAAGGAUCUUCCAGUCAUUUGUAUCAAAGGAGUUGAUGGAGUAUUACCACCAGAAACAAUUUCAUUUCAAGAAUUUGCUUUAGCAGAUAAUGUAGAUCAUAGUAUAUUAAAAGAAGUUCGAAGACAAUCAGAGGAUGUAGCAUUUCUUCCGUAUUCUAGUGGAACAACGGGUCUUCCGAAAGGCGUUGAAUUAGUACAUAGAAAUAUCGUUGUUAACUUCUUGCAACAGAAUGUUGAUACUCUUAGGCAUUACGAUGAGACCACAAAAACCAGCCAGGAUACAGUUUUGGCCGUGUUGCCCUUCUACCACAUUUACGGCUUAUCAAUAAUACUUUUACACAAACUAUCAGUGGGUUUGAAAGUGGUGACGUUGCCCAAAUUUCAGCCGAAUACCUUUAUCGAUGCUCUGAAAGAACAUAAAACAAACGUGUUAUGUGCUGCUCCUCCUCUUAUAUUGUUCCUUGGUUCACACCCUGUGAUAACUAACGAGCAUCUGGCAUCUAUCAAAACCAUCACUUCAGGAUCUGCCCCGUUGCCAAGGGUGGAUGUUGUCAGGGUCCUUGAUAAAGUGAAGCAUAAACUGAAUUUUCUCCAAGUUUAUGGCUUAACUGAAACAUCACCACUAGCAACAGCCAUGCUACCUGGAUCUGAGAACUACGCUUCAGCAGGUUAUGCUAUCUCAAAUACAGAGUUGAGGAUAGUCGAUUCAGAUUUAAAACCUUUGGGUCCAAAAGAGGUUGGCGAACUUUUGAUCCGCGGUCCUCAAGUUAUGAAAGGGUAUAGGAAUAAUCCAGAAGCAACCAAAAAGUGUAUGACUGAAGACGGUUGGUUCCAAACUGGUGAUCUCGCAAGCAUCGAUAUCGAUGGAACUGUGACGAUAGCUGAUCGACUCAAAGAACUUAUAAAGGUAAAAGGCUUCCAAGUACCACCUGCCGAACUAGAAAAUGUAUUGAAGGAACAUCCAGAUGUUUUAGACGCUGCCGUAAUCGGUGUACCUGAUGUAAGAAUGGGUGAAGUUCCUAAAGCCUUCAUAGUUCUACGAGACGGAAAAAGAGCAGACGCUCAUUCUAUCACCAACUUUGUAUCAAAAAGAGUAGCAGAAUACAAGAGGAUCAAAGAAGUCAGAUUUCUAAAUGAACUUCCAAAAAAUCCGUCUGGAAAAAUUCUGAGAAGGGUUUUGAAAGAACUUUAAUUCUUUUUGCCACAUGCUAUUGUAAUUGGUGUGUUAGAUCUCACUGCUAGGCAAAGAAGCCAAUCUUUUCUAUCUGUUGCAAGUUCUUGUCACGUGCACCUCGACAUUCUAACAGACAAUUCAGAGCUAAUGAUCCGCAGAUAACCUCGACGACGAUAUCCUUUCUCCGGAGUCCAGAUCUUUGCCCAUUGGGAAGCCUCAUCCGUUCUUUGAGCAGUGGAGAGCACUAAUUAAAAUAAAAUCAUACAAGUACUCUUACUUUAAAUGUUUGUCUAAAAUGGCUUUCAGCGAAGUGAUUAAGCUGACAAUCGCCAUUUUUUUAAGAAUGUUGAGUUUUUAACAUUGUUGUACACGUUAUUAUUAUAUUACAAGAGGAAAUACAAAAAAAGACUCAUAGAACUGAAAAAUUUACUGAUUCUUUCCUCAGUUACCCCGUUAAUGUAGACAUCAACUACGAAGUAUAAGCGGUCACGUGCGUUUAUAACAACUAAACUUUUGCAACUGGCACACAGCUUUUGAAUUUCGAAUGGGAAUAGCAAACAUAUUUUUUCUUUUUCCGAUUUCACAGAUUUCACUUUUGAUUUUUUGCAUAAGAAUGAUUUUUUAAUCACAGAUAAUUUAUCCAAAAUAUUUGUGAAUGAAAUUCCUAGUCACUAUUAUCCUUUUUUAUUUUUGACAUCCUUUGAAAUAUGUGUUUAUUACAUUUACUUUUUAUGGUUUUUGUUGAAAACUUUGAUAGAAUCAUUGCCAAGUGAAAUACAGAACAAGUAACCACAGCUAAAACGGAAUAUAAAUUACCAACUAGACCUACUAUUGCCAGUUAAAAACCUGAAAAACGCAUCCUCAGUAACUUUCCAAACUCAACCACCCAAACUCCAUACAAACAAAUUUACAAAAGUCAACCUACGAAAAUAGGCACAUCAUUAGAUUGAACCGACAAAGAGGAAACCAUUUAAGUCUUGCUGUUUUCGUUCUGUGCUGAAUAUUAGUGCGCCGAACACACCGUAGUGUGUAGGAAUAUUCAAAACGAUUUUGAAUAAAUUAUUGAAAAAUCUGUACAUCUAUUAAAGUAAGCAGUUUUUUGACACUCGA